CUUCCUCAUUCAAGCCCAAUGCAAAGUUCAACAGUGAUAUUGCAGUUAUAACAGCUGAGGUAUUCUGGAGUUGUCCUUCAUAUAUAUAUAUAUAUACUUUUUUUGGAUCUCAAUAAGGAAUCUGUUAAACUGAAGUGGUUUAUGUUUUUUGUAAACGUUGAUAAAGAGGAUAUUAACAUUCAACUUUGAGGAAGUGCAUGUAUAACACAGAAUGACUCCCUUGCUGUAUAAAGAUGCCUUUUGGGGAGUUGAUUUCACUAAUCAUCAGGGCUAUGAGGUUCUGAUUCAGAGACUCUGUGAUGGCAGGCGGAUGUGCAAAGAUGUGGAGGAACUGCUGAAGAUGAGGGCCAUGGCAGAAGAGAGGUAUGGGAAGGAUCUGGUGACAAUAGCACGUAAAGCUGGGGGGCAGACAGAGAUCAGCACCCUGAAAGCCUCCUUUGAUCAACUAAAAACACAAAUUGAAAACAUGGGGAAUCUGCAUAUCCAGCUAUCCGGAACGUUACGGGAAGAGAUCAAGAAGAUGGAAAUAUUCAGAGAGCGGCAGAAAGAACAGAGGAGGAAGUUUGAGGGGAUUAUGGAGAAAGUUCAGAAGAUGAAGGUGUCCUUAUACAAGAAGACCAUGGAGUCUAAGAAGUCCUAUGAGCAGAAAUGUAAAGAAGCAGACGAGGCAGAGCAGCUUGCUGACAGAAGCACCACAGCCACAACAACAAAACAGUCUGAGAAGGUACAACACAAGGCCAAGCAAUGCAGACAAGCCGUCGCUGAAGCAGAGAAACAAUACAUGUUGAACGUAGAACAGCUGGAGAAAGUUCGUCAGGACUGGGAGGGAACACACAAGGGCACGUGUGAGGUGUUUCAGCAGCAGGAGGUGGACCGCAUCACUAUCCUGAGGUGUGCCCUCUGGGACCACUGUAAUCACUUCUCUGUGCAAUGUGUCAAAGAUGACGAGUUUUACGAGGAGGUGAGGAAUAUUCUGGAGACGUGUGACAUCACAGCAGAUAACAACUGUUUCAUAGAGAUGAAGACAACAGGUUCAAAUCCACCAGACCCCAUUGUGUUUGAGAACUACUAUGAGAGGGAGCCAUCACCAACAGGCGACAACAACAGCAGCGCUCGCUUCGGAGGGGGAGGGGUCAGGAAAAGAAUCUCCAAUCUUCUGCCACGAAACUCUAGUUCAAAGAUGAGUAUGAGUGAGGGUUCAACUUCCGAGCCAGCGGCGCCACCUGUUGGUCAAACAGUGCCUGAGAGUUCAGAUGGAGUGUAUGCAUCCAUACCUGGCUUCCAGUCUGCAGCUGCAGCUGCCCUGCCUGCAGUGACAACUGAUGAGGAUGAUGAUGAUGAUACCUUCAUGGUGUUCUAUGACUACUCUGCACAGGACCCAGAUGAGCUGUCAGUGUCUAAAGGGGAUGUGGUGUUGGUGAUAGAACAGAGUGAAGACGGCUGGUGGACAGUGGAGAGAAACGGACAGGUUGGGCUGGUACCUGGCUCCUACCUGGCCAAAGUCUAGACAUAGUCACACACACAUUCAUGCAUGGACAUGCAUGGACACACACACACACACACACAUACUCAUGCACACUCACCCAUACAUACUGUAGUCUUCAAAACCUUACUAUGAGAACCCCUUUCUGCUUCUUACUCAGAUGUUCUGAUCCUUCGUUCAAGACUUCGGAGUAAUAGAUUCUCCAGCAGUAGAGAUGACUCACUGAACUGACUUGGAACAUGAGUCAUGACUGUGUGUUCCCCAUUAACUAUUAGGCUAUGCUGCACCAGAGAUUGUCAGUCUUUUCACCCAACAGGCCUACUGCAUACAUACAGUGAUGUGAAAAAGUAUUCGCCCCCUUUCAGAUUUUCUCUACUUUUACACAUUUUUUAUACUGAAUUUUAUCAGAUUUUCAACCAAAACCAAAUAUUAGAUAAAGGGAACCUGAGUGAACAAAUAACAACAAUUGUAUACUUAUUUCAUUUAUUUCAUAAACAAAGUUAUGCCCCUGUGUGAAAAAGUAAUUGCCCCCUUACACUCAAUAACUAGUUGUGCCACAUUUAGCUGCAAUGACUCCAACCAAAAGCUUCCUGUCGUUGUUGAUCAGUCUCUCACGUUGCUGUGGGGGAAUUUUGUCCCACUCGUCCAUGCAGAACUGCUUUAACUCAGAGACGUGUGGGUUUUCAAGCAUGAACUUCUCGUUUCAAGACCUGCCACAACAUCUCAAUUGGGAUUAGGUUUGGACUUUGACUAGGCCAUUCCAAAACACAUUUGUUGCUUUUUAGCUCUUUUCAUGUCGACUUGUGAGUUUUGGAUCGUUGUCUUGAUGCAUAACCCAGAUGCAGCUCACAGACAGAUGGCCUGACAUUCUCCUGUAGAAUUCUGAUACAGACCAGAACUCAUGGUUCCUUCUAUUUAGUCAACUCGUCCAGGUCCUGAGGCAGCAAAACAUACCCAAACCAUCACACUACUACCAUACUUGACAGUGGGUACAAGGUUCUUACUGUUGACUGACUGUUGGAUUUCGCUAGACAUAAUGGAACCCAUGUUAUCCAAAACGUUAUACUUUUGACUCAUCUGUCCAUAGAACAUUCAAGAGUCUUGAUGAUCAUGCGUGUGCUUUUUUGCAAACUCGAAUCAACUUUUUGGAUGAUAUGGAUCCCAUUUUUUUGUUUUGGAAUUGCCUAGUCAAAGUCCAGACCUAAUCCCAAUUUUGAUGUUGUGGCAGGACUUGAAACAAGCAAUUCAUGCUUGAAAACCCACAAAUGUCACUGAGUUAAAGCAGUACUGCAUGCAAGAGUGGGCCAACAUUCCUCCACAGCGAUGUGAGACUGAUCAACUACAGGAAGCAUUUGGUUGCAGUCAUUGUAGCUACAGGUGGCACAAACAGUUAUUGAGCGUUGGGGAGCAAUUACUUUUUCACACAGGGAAUUGAAUAACUUUAUUAAUUAAAUAAGUAAAAUAAAUAUUAAUGUCGUCAUUUGUAAUCUCCGGCCCUUUAAUCUAAAAUUAGGUUUUGGUUGAAGAUCUGAAAAGAUUCAGUAUCAAAAAUAUGAAAACAUAAAAAUAAGGGUGCAAAUACUUUCUCUGCACUGUAGAGAAUCUCAGAUACCAUACAGAAAACGAGUCAAACUUUAAACUGUAUCAAUUGUAAAUAACUGCACUGGUCUACACCAACCUGAGAAGUGAUCUACAAGAGAAAGUAGAAGAGUAUGUGAAUCAAGACCAACAGCUGUACUGUAUUUGAUGUGAUAUUUGAUUAAUAAAAUGUAAUGUUUA